AUGCCGAAUCCUGUCCGUGGAGAUAUCACUACCUGCGAUGACACCUCGUUCCCUUACAUCUUUGAGCAGAAUGUCACCAUCGCAUUGAAGGAUGAAUCGGGACUUGUCAGAUGCAAUGUGUACCGACCAAAGGGCGUCGAGAGAACACCGGUACUGGUAACCUACGGUCCUUACGGAAAAGACAUCCACUAUAAGGAUUUUCAUCCAAAGUCAUUCAGCGAAGUUAACCCUGAGCAUCACUCGGCACAUUCCGCGUGGGAAACCCCCGACCCAGGCUUCUGGACCCAACAUGGCUAUGCAAUUGUCCGCGCGGAUGAGCGAGGAACAGGCCAGUCCCGAGGAAAGCUGGAUACCAUGUCACGGGAGACCAGUGAGGCUUUCUUUGACGUGGUCGAAUGGGCAGCAAACCAGCCAUGGUCGACUGGAAAAGUCGGCCUGCUGGGUAUCAGUUACUACGCCGGCAGUCAGUGGCGGGUAGCCGCACGACAGCCCAAGGGCCUGACCUGUAUGAUCCCAUGGGAGGGAAUGUCAGACUACUAUCGUGACCGUUGCCGCCACGGAGGCAUCCUGUCGAACUCUUUUAUCAAAUUCUGGUGGGAUCGUCAGGUGGUAUCAAAUCAAUAUGGCCGGCCUGGUCGUCAGGCGCGCAAUUGGGGCCCGGACACCAUCGAAGGCGAUCUCCCAGAGGAGGAGCUAGUUGCCAACCGCCAGGACCAGACAAUUGACAAUGCUGAAAACAGUUUUCGAGACGAUCUCUACUAUGCCUCGAAGGAAUACACGCAGUCCGACAUCCAGGUACCAUUGCUUUCGGUGGCCAACUGGGGUGGCAUUCUCCUGCAUCUGAGGGGUAAUGUUGAGGGAUAUACGCAAGCGGGCUCUCAGCUGAAAUUUCUGCGCUUUAUAACCGGUCGCCAUGACUUGCCGUUCUACUACAAAGAGGAAGUCGAAAUCCAGCGCAGCUUCCUGGAUGCUUUUCUCAAGGGCGAUGAUCGUGCAGGAUGGUCCAAUGGCACCGCGCCAAAGGUGGACAUAGUACUGCGCAAGGGCGACAUGGGAUUUGAUAAUGCAGAGGCUGAGAAGCAGUUCCCUCGUCGGACAGAAAAUGAAUGGCCCAUUGCCCGCACGCAGUACACCCGAUACCAUCUGACGUCGAAUCAAGAACUGGUGAGCGGAAAACAUGAAAAGUCGCGGCCGGUCAAGAUUUCUUAUCGUGCACUGGGUAGUAUUGAUGAUCCGCAAAUUGUGCAGUUUGCAACGGCACCGUUUGAACAGGAAACAGAAAUUACCGGGCAUAUCGUCGCUCAUUUGAACGUGUCCAUGAGUCCAUACCCAGGAGCACCCACGCCAAGGGAUAUUGAUCUGUUCCUUACGCUGAGAUACAUUUCACCGGAAGGCAAGGAAGUCUUCUAUACUGGAACAGCGGGUGACCCGGUGCCACUCUGUAAAGGUUGGCAGCGAGUUAGUCUUCGCAAGGUGAACAAAGAGCACUGUCGCAACAGGCCCUGGCUUCCGCACCGCGACUUUUACUCGACGGACGUGCUCCCUGUUAUUCCUGGCGAGGUCUAUGGAGUGGAUGUAGAGAUGUGGCCGACAAACGUGGUUGUCGAGAAAGGCGGCAAGAUUGUGUUUGAGGUAUCGUCUGGAGAUACCCAAGGCAGUGGGAUCUUCCAGCACAACUCUCCUAUCGAUCGGGCACCGGAAAAGUUCCAAGGACAGAACCAUAUUAACUUUGGCCACGGCGAGAACUAUGUGACCCUGCCCAUCAUCCCGAAUGUCUAG